AUGGAGAAAGUGAUGAACGUAAUUAAGCCAAAACCAAAUCCACAGCAACAACUCAGAGAUUGGCAGCGUAGGUUACGCCAAGAGUGCCGUAACAUCGAUCGUCAAAUCAGAGAUAUACAGAGAGAAGAGAAAAGUGUACAAAAAGCAAUUAGAGAUGCUGCUAAAAGAAAUGAUAUGGUCUCUGCCAAGGCACUUGCUAAGGAAGUUGUAAGAUCUAGAAUUACGGUGAACCGUCUUUAUGAAAAUAAGGCACAGAUGAAUUCAAUAUCAAUGCAUCUCGGAGAAAGUGUGGCAAUUGCCCGUACAGUGGGCCAUUUAUCCAAGAGUGCUGAAGUCAUGAAGCUUGUCAAUAAUCUCAUGAAGGCUCCAGAAGUGGCUGUUACGAUGCAAGAGUUCGGCAAAGAAAUGACCAAGGCAGGGGUGAUUGAAGAGUUUGUGAACGAUGCCCUUGAUAGUGCUUUGGACUCAGAGGACAUGGAAGAGGAGACUGAAGAAGAAGUUGACAAGGUAUUGACUGCUAUAGCUGGUGAGACUGCUGCAGAGCUACCAGAAGCAGUCAAGAAGGAGAGAGAGAAGCAAUCUGCUCAGAUGGAAGGAACUGCAGAAGAGGAAGAAGCUAUAGCUGAGGGGGUUGUUGAUGAGGGAGAACUUGAGGAAAUAAGGGCACGACUUGCCAAAAAUGAAAUUGCAGUAGGUGCAACACAGUUUAACUCUGAAAAUGGACAUCCUAAGACCCAAACUGACUUGUCUGCAAACUUGCCAAGACAACAAGCAGAAAGGCUCAUAAGAGCUUUCAACUUGUUCCCUAAGCAUGCCAUCAACACACCUGCCUUUGAUGAUCAUGAAUCUUUAGACAGUUCUGCUCCAAAGAUUGUUGAGAAACAAUUCCAAUUCCAUCUUCUUGGUAAUCCAGGGCCUUCUGUUGAAGAGUUUGGCCAUUACGCUGGCUACUAUCGCCUUCCCCAUACUAAAGCUGCAAGGAUGUUCUACUUCCUCUUCGAAUCACGGAGUAACAAAUAUAACGAUCCUGUUGUUAUAUGGUUGACUGGAGGGCCAGGAUGUAGUAGUGAACUGGCCUUGUUUUACGAAAAUGGUCCUUUCCAUAUUGCAAACAAUCUGUCUCUUUCAUGGAAUGACUAUGGUUGGGACAAGGCAUCAAAUCUUAUAUUCGUUGACCAGCCUACAGGAACUGGCUUUAGUUAUACAACAGAGGAUAGUGACAUUCGCCAUGACGAAAAGGGUGUCAGCAAUGACUUAUAUGACUUCUUGCAGGCAUUUUUCAAAGAGCAUCCUCAGUUGGUGAAAAAUGAUUUUUACAUAACUGGAGAAUCUUAUGCUGGGCACUACAUCCCUGCAUUCGCUUCUCGGGUUCACCAAGGAAACAAAAACAAAGAAGGAAUUCAUAUAAAUCUCAAGGGUUUUGCCAUUGGCAACGGCCUGACUCGUCCUGAAAUCCAGUACAAAGCAUACACUGAUUAUGCUUUGGACAACAAUUUAAUCCAAAAAUCUGAUUAUGAUUCCAUAAACGAGAUGAUCCCAGACUGUGAACGGGCAGCCGAAGCUUGUGGAACUGAUGGUAUAUCUACUUGUGAAAAUGCAUUUGAAGCUUGCAACAACAUAUUCCAGAGUAUCAUGGGAGUUGCUGGCAAUAUAAAUUACUAUGAUAUUAGAAAGACAUGUGAGGGCAGUCUAUGCUACGACUUCUCGAACAUGGAGACAUUCCUGAACCAGAAAUCAGUUAGGGAUGCUCUAGGGGUAGGAGGUAUUGAAUUUGUUUCCUGCAGCAGCGUGGUUUAUGAUGCGAUGAUAAGGGACUGGAUGAGAGAUCUUGCAGUAGGAAUUCCUGCUCUCCUCGAGGAUGGUAUCAAGGUGCUUAUUUAUGCUGGAGAGAAGGAUCUCAUAUGCAACUGGCUUGGAAAUUCAAGAUGGGUUAAUGGGAUGGCAUGGUCUGGCAAGAAAGACUUCGGAGCAGCUCCCACAGUUCCAUUCGUUGUUGAAGGUGCAGAAGCAGGACAACUGAAAAGUCAUGGCCCCCUCAGUUUCCUAAAGGUUCUCAACGCCGGCCACAUGGUUCCAAUGGAUCAACCAAAAGCUGCAUUACAAAUGCUGAAGAGCUGGAUGCAAGGAAAGCUUGCCGUCACUGGUACUAAUGAUAGGAUCGCACGCCAGUAA